AUGAAGGGCACGUUGCAGAAGGUCGAAACAGAAGAAGACAUUCAGCGUCUCGCUCCGCACAAUGCGGAAGCGGAACGUCAGCUUCUGGGUGCGAUUCUCGUCAACAACGAAACCUUUUAUCGGGUCUCCGACUUUUUGGAGCCACUUCAUUUUUUCGUGCCAUCGCAUCACGACAUCUACGAAAAGAUCAGCCACCUGAUUCGGGCCGGCAAGACGGCUUCUCCAAUCACGCUGAAAACCUUCUAUCCCGCAGACGCAAAGAUAGCGGACCUGUCCGCGACGCAGUUUCUGCUGCGUCUUGCCGGUGAUGCGGCCUCGAUCAUCAACGCGGAAGACUACGGACGAACCAUCUAUGACCUCGCCAUUCGCAGGAACCUCAUCCGGAUUGGCGAAGACAUGGUCAAUAUCGCUUUUGAUGCCCCGAUAGAUGUGCCACCGGGUCAGCAAAUCGACGAUGCUGAACGCAGGCUGUUUGAACUUGCCGAAACCGGCCGCAGCGAGGGUGGUUUCGUAGCUUUUGGCGAUGCGCUUACCGAAACAAUCGAAAUGGCGCAUGCCGCCUACAAUCGUGAAGGUGCCCUUUCGGGAACGUCCACCGGCCUGAGGGAGCUGGACAAACUCAUGGGCGGGUUGCAGCAAUCCGAUCUGAUCGUUCUUGCCGGUCGUCCGGCAAUGGGGAAAACCUCGCUUGCCACAAACAUCGCCUACAACAUCGCACAGGCGUUCAAAUCGGAAGAACAACAGGAUGGUUCGGUCAAGACUGUCAAUGGCGGCGUGGUCGGCUUCUUCUCACUCGAAAUGUCCGCAGAGCAGCUCGCGACCCGUAUAAUUUCCGAACAGGCGGAGAUCUCGUCUUCCAAGAUCCGUCGUGGGGACAUUACGGAAGCAGAAUUUGAAAAACUUGCCGCGUGUGCCCAGACAAUGCAGUCAGUGCCACUGCAUGUUGACCAAACGGGCGGUAUCUCCAUCGCUUCCCUGGUGGCGAAGGCACGCAGGCUGAAACGCCAGCGCGGCCUCGACCUGCUUGUGGUCGACUAUAUCCAGUUGUUGUCGGGGUCCGCCAAGAACACAGGCAACCGGGUGCAGGAGAUCACCGAAAUCACUACCGGCCUGAAAGCACUGGCCAAGGAACUCAACGUUCCGAUCAUUGCGCUUUCUCAGCUGUCCCGCCAGGUCGAAUCUCGUGACGACAAACGCCCAAUGAUGUCUGAUCUUCGCGAAUCGGGAUCCAUCGAGCAGGAUGCCGACGUGAUCCUGUUCGUUUACAGGGAAGAAUAUUACCUUUCCAAGACCGAGCCCGAGAUCGGGUCACCUGAAUAUGCAGCUUGGGAAUCCAAGCACGAGGCUGCAAGAGGCAAGGCAGAAGUGAUCAUCGCCAAGCAGCGACACGGUCCUACGGGGACGGCGAAUCUCCACUUCCAGGGCGAGUUCACCCGGUUCUCCGAUCUGGCUGAGGAUGACCAUCUGCCGGAGCGCUACGAAUAG